GCGUGAGACCGCGAGGCCCCCACCUUGCGUCACGAACGGUCGGGCCGGGGUUGCCAUCUUGUCGUGCACAUGCAGGGCGGACUAGGACAAGUCAUGAUCACCACAAAGACAGCCCUCAGCCUCGCGGCUGGCGUCUGUGGUACCUUAUUUCUAGGGUACUGCAUCUACUUUGACCACAAGAGACGAAACGACCCCGGCUUCAAACAGAAGUUGCGAGAAAGGAGAAAAAGGCAAAAAGAGACCAAGAAAACACAGACAACGACAAAGAUUCCUGACCUGAAGGACACGGAGGCCGUGCAGAAGUUCUUCCUGGAGGAGGUCCAGCUGGGAGAGGAGCUGUUGGCUCAGGGUGACUUUGAGAAUGGUGUGGAGCACCUGACUAAUGCCGUGGCUGUAUGUGGGCAGCCGCAGCAGCUGCUGCAGGUGCUACAGCAGACACUGCCUCCGCAGGUGUUCCAGAUGCUCAUCGCCAAGCUACCAAGUGUCAGUCAGAAAUUUGCAUCGGCAAUGGCAACAACAACCAUGGAUGAUGAACUAGAGUAAAUUUUAGAGCCGAAUUAUGUUUCUAUGAGUAAUUCUAGUGAUGUUACUUGUGCCUGUAGAUAUAAAUAGCUCUUACAUAUUUCAAAUCUAGUUCCAAGACUUCCAAGACAUGUAUUGUAGUUUGUUGUGUGGCAAAGUUAACUCUCCACAUACUAUAUCCUAACCAGAUAUUUUUUUUGUACAUUAUGAACAAAAUCCAAGUGAUCUUGUUGAUAUUUGAAGUAUGUGUUGAAUACUCUUCACAGUUAGAUUUUUUUCUUACUACUUAUCAACUUCAACCCUUCAAGUAUACUACACCUUUGAUACACUACCUGAGGUAACUUUAAAUUUACCAAGGUAGUUUGAGUCUAAUAGAGUAUGAAGUUAAGUACUAUGUAAUUGGCAAUUUUUAUUUUUCUGUUUUAUAGAUUGUAAAGGGCACACACAGUCCUUGUCCGACGUACCUGUCAUAAGUAUGUUUUGAUAACAAUGAGAUUUGUUCAGUCCGGUGGCAACAUACAAGAGGCAGCUUACAGCACACAUGUGCUGACAUCAAUUUUACAAGGUUCAAACCAUAUGGUUAACUUGAACUGUGUGUUGGAUUUACAUUCAUGUCUAGAGGAGUAUCCAAGUUAUGUCAGGUGAACUAUCUUCAGCUUUGGGUACCACAUUUUUUCCAGGUGAAUUCUUUGUAUUUCUGCUCUUAUUUCAUAGCAAUUACAUUGUUGGCAAAAGAGUAAAUGACAGGUCAGACAAACAGGUUCUUGUUUUCAUUUGAAACAUCUUUGGAUAGCAGACAUUGAAAUACAUGUACAACUUUAAACUAUGGCAAAAUUAUUUUGGCCAGCACUGCAUUCUGUAUUCUGACUGAUUAUACAAGUACCUUUCAUUCCAUCAUCAAAGUGUUUGUGCAUCUGGCAAGUUCCCUAAAUGAGGUAAUUCCAAGGUACAAGUACAUCGACAAAGCUGGAUGGACAGAAGUUUAUGACAUUUAUGAUCCAGUUCAGGAAUUGGGAUAUUAUAAUGUAGGCACAGUCAAAGAACGAGUGUUGUAGCUAUACUGGACAAAUGUUUUUGACUGUUAAGAAACUGUUGUUCAGGAAUUAAGUGUACAUACCUGUAGUGUAGGGUCUAGUUUUCUGUCAGGUCGUAUGUACUUAGUACUACAGUUGUGUUUUACAUACAAACAGAAUAAAAGAGUGCUUAUGUUCUUUGAA